UACAACAACUCGUAUAGUCGUAUUAAUGAAUGAAUUAAAAGGUUGCUACUUUCGUUGAAGCAAUAAGAUCUAAGAACACAUGGAAACUUCCCAAACCCAGAAAUAAAACGAAACACAACAUCAUCAAAACAAGCAACACUCUUUCUUUCUCUUCUCGAUAUUCCGGCCAACCACCGUAGAUGGCGCCGAAGCACGACAACUGCUGCUCGCGCUGCAUCGGCUUCCUAAUAGCCAUAGGCCUCACUGCGCUCUUCCUCUGGCUGAGUCUCCGCGUGGACGAACCUAAAUGCUACCUCGACUACAUUUACGUUCCUGCCCUCAACAAAACCCUAAAUUCCAGUUCCAAUUCCACUCACAACAAAAACGCCACAAUAGUCUUCGCUCUCAAGCUCGCCAAUGAGAACAAGGACAAGGGCAUCCAAUACGACGACGUUCUCCUCUCCUUCAGAGUCUUCGAGAGCGUGAACACCACGCGCCCCCUCGGCAACGCCACCGUGGAAAGGUUCUACCAGGGCCACAAGAAGAAGGCCACCAAGCGCGGAAACUUCACCGUCGGAGGUGGCGGCGGAAACCUCACGGCGGCGCUGGAUGGGAAAGUGUGGUACCGUGUGGACUAUGCUACUGCGGUGAAGUACAAGAUUAUUUUCUGGUACACGAAACGGCACCGUUUGUGGGGAGGGGCAAAUGUGGAAAUUGGUGAAUUGGGAACGAAGGUGAAUCGUAAAGCCGUUAGACUUGGAGGGAAGAACCCCGUGGUGAUCGAGUCCAGCGCAUCGAAGCUCAGUGGACGCUAUCGUGCGCCUCUUCUUCUCCCUUUUGCUUAUCUCCUGGCUUGUGGGCUUAGUUGACUUGACUUUUAACUUGACCCACUUUUUGGAUCUUUCAUUUUUGUGUGUAUUAUUAUUAUAUUUAAUUAGGUCAUGUUUUUUAUUUAGUUUUUGUAAGUGAUCCUGAAUUUCUGUCCUGAUCGGUUCCGGAGACAUUGAUUUUUUGUAAUUUGUAUUGUGAAUUGUGAUUUGUGACUUUUCUUUUCUUAACUUCAAAUAGGACGGGUAUUUCUUUAAAAUGUUUUAGUACCCAACUUAUUAUGUAUCUACACAUUAUUUAUUGCAUUAAAUUUGAAAUACAAGUUUUUUUAUGGGACAAUUUAAAAUA